AUGGCACAGACAACUUACUCAACUGACUCGAAGCCGUCCGGUUUGGCAGUGGUUGAUAUAAAUAACGACAGUAAACCCGACAUUAUUGUCGCAAAUGUUGACGGUGGCACUAUCAAUAUUUACCUCAACAUCGGCAACGGUACGUUUACUGCAAAUACAACUUACUCAAUUGGCACAAGGCCAAUCGGUGUGGCAGUAGGUGAUAUCAAUGACGACGGUCAACCUGAUAUUAUCGUCUCAAACGUUUAUAAUAACAAUGUCGGUGUUCUCCUUAACAUCGGCAACGGUACAUUUACUGCACAGACAACUUACUCUGUUGGCGACCGUCCAUACAGUGCGGUAAUAAUUGAUGUCAAUAACGAUAAUAAAUCCGAUAUUAUUGUUCCGAACUCUGAAAGUAACAAUGUCGGUGUUCUUCUGGGUAGCGGGAACGGUACAUUUGCCGCACAAACAAUUUAUUCAACUGGGUUAACCCCAUUCAAUGUGGCCGUUGUCGAUGUUAAUAACGACGACCAACCAGACAUUAUUGCUUCAAACCAUUACAGUUUCAGCGUCAGUGUUUUAUUCAACAUAGGCAACGGUACAUUCGCUCCACAAAAAGCUUACACAACUGGCACCAAUCCGUACGGUGUGGCAGUAGUGGAUGUUAAUAACGACACCAACCCAGACAUUAUUGUUACACAUUCCGGUAGUAACCAUGUCAGUGUUCUUCUCAAUAGAGGCAAUGGCACGUUUACUGAACAACAAACGUACUGGACUGUUUUCCACCCGCUGAAUGUGGUAGUGGUCGAUGUUAAUAACGACGGCAAACCUGAUAUUAUUGUCGUGAACUAUCAUACUCACAAUGUCAGAGUUCUCUUCAACACCGGCAAUGGUACGUUUAAUGCAGAAACAACUUACGCAACUGGGAACAAUCCACGAGAUUUGGUAGUGUUCGAUGUUAAUAACGACGGCAAACCCGACAUUAUUGUCACAAACGAAGGGAGUAACACUAUUAGUGUUUUAUUGGCUUGUUGA